AUGAAUAAGGAUGACGUAGUCAACUAUCCCACGGAGUUUUUUAAUUCACUUCAACUGCCUGGAUUACCACCUCACAAUUUGCAGUUAAAAGUAGGAUUAGUUGUCAUCAUGGUGCGUAACAUUAAUCAACCUCGACUAUGGAAUGGAACAAGACUGGCUGUGAAAAAGCUGUUGCAUAACGUCAUUGAGUCACUGAAGUCCAAUCCUCAUGGCAAGUUAAAGCGUCUAGGAACUGUUUAUGGGGCAUUUGGUCGUCCUUCGAAAUUGAGUAUUCAACGUUUGCUGGAUUCCACCGGCUCAAUGAACAAUCAGCUAACAUCCCUACAUCAACGAAACACUGACAAGAACUUGCCGAUGUUCGUGAAAGUUUGCAGUAGAAUCCGAGGCAGUCAACAAGAACUUGGACCGUCGCGUCGUCGCGGUGGCAGACCGCAACAUGGCAAAUUGGGCGUCGUGAUUUGGGCCCGCACUCCUAGGAGCUGA